UUCCGAACCCGAAGAAAAGCGCGCCCGGAGAAUGAGGCAGAGCUCAGACUCAAGAGUGUCUAAAUAGAUAAGAUUUUUUUUUUUUCCUCUCUCAAACUCAAUGCCUCAAACCUUAUUUCUCAAGCCCUUCAUUUCUUCAGUUCCUCUUACUAAUUGCAGUAAUAAAUCAAUUGUAGUAAAUAAUGUGAGCAAUGUUAGGAUACGAGGGAGAGUGGGUGUUGUUGUUUGUAUGGGAAUGUUGGCACCCAGGAAGAGGAAGAAGAAGAAGGAAGGUUUCGAGGUAUUCCGAGAUGCAGCUGACGAAGCUGAUCAGAAGAGUUGGAGGAGACUGAUGACUGAAAUUCAGGAGACGGGUUCUGCGGUUGCGGUGCUCAAACAACUGAAUGUUAGUAACCAGGGCAUUUCAAGAGACAAGGUCCUUGGGACCUUGCUCAGAUUUAAGCAACUAAACAAAUGGAAACUUGUCAUUGAGAUCCUUGAAUGGCUCAGGGCUCAAAGCUGGUGGGUGUUUAGUGAACUGGAUUUCCUCAUGCUUCUAACAGCUUAUGGAAAGCAAGGGGACUUCAACAGGGCCGAGAGAGUUUUUAGCUUGAUGAAUAAGAAGGGCUAUGCACCAAGUGUCAUAUCCCACACUGCUCUUAUGGAAGCAUAUGGAAGAGGAGGCCGAUACAAUAAUGCUGAAGCAAUAUUUCGAAGGAUGUUGUCUUCAGGCCCUCAACCUUCAGCCUUAACAUAUCAAAUAAUACUUAAGAUAUUUGUUGAGGGAGGUAAGUUCAAGGAAGCUGAAGACGUUUUCGAGACCCUUUUGGAUGAGGAAAAAUCACCUUUAAAGCCAGACCAAAAGAUGUUUCACAUGAUGAUCUAUAUGCAUAAGAAGGCAAGGAAUUAUGAGAAAGCUCGAAAAGUAUUUGCACUCAUGGCUGAGAGAGGAGUUCAACAAUCAACAGUUACUUAUAAUAGCUUAAUGUCAUUUGAGACUAAUUACAAGGAAGUUUCAAAGAUGUAUGACCAGAUGCAAAGAUCUGGUCUUCAACCUGAUGUUGUCAGCUAUGCCCUACUUAUUAAUGCUUAUGGGAAAGCAAGAAGGGAGGACGAAGCACUAGCUGUUUUUGAGGAGAUGCUUGAUGCUGGUGUCAGACCAACCCACAAAGCUUAUAACAUCUUGCUUGAUGCAUUUGCGAUCUCCGGGAUGGUGGAGCAAGCUCGCACUGUGUUUAAGAGUAUGAAAAGGGACAGAUUUACCCCAGAUCUUUGCUCUUAUACGACUAUGUUAUCGGCUUAUGUGAAUGCUUCUGAUAUGGAGGGUGCUGAAAAUUUCUUCAGAAGACUAAAACAAGAUGGAUUUGAACCCAAUGUUGUCACUUAUGGGGCAUUGAUCAAAGGGUAUGCAAAAAUAAAUAACCUUGAGAAGAUGAUGGAGAAAUAUGAAGAAAUGCAGGCAUGUGGUGUCAAAGCAAAUCAAACAGUCUUGACCACAAUUAUGGAUGCAUAUGGCAAGAACAGGGAUUUCGGCAGUGCUGUUGUUUGGUACAAGGAAAUGGAGUCUUGUGGGUUUCCUCCUGAUCAGAAAGCAAAGAAUGUUCUGUUGUCUUUGGCUAAAACAGUAGAAGAACAAGAGGAAGCUAAUCAAAUUGCAGGAAAUUUGGAUCAAUCUAGCAAUGAACAUAGACUAAACAGGGUUCCCAGGUUUGUUGAUGGGGAUUCUGAUGAUGAACAUGAUGAGGAAGAAGGGGCCACUUCUUGUGAUGAAAGACAAGAUGAACUGAUACUUUUGAAUAGUGAUCAUGGAAGAAACUUAGGAGGCCUACUGUAAAUUUAAUAUUUUUGUAUUUUGUGUUACAGUUGUAUUAGUCAGCCUUGAAAAUUAAUUUAUCAGGUCAGUUAAGAGUAGCUAUGUGGGACAAAUUCAUUCCAUUGUACCUUAAUGGGAUUUGGAGAUAUUUCUGCCUCUCCACGAUACACAAAAUCUCAGUUUUGAUGGUCGA